CAAGGAUCUUUCCUUGCAAGCCGGAGAUCCAGUCUAUCGUAUACAGUCCCCUUCCUCAUGACUGACACGACAAGGAGGCCCCGAAAAUGUGCUUUCACUGGCAAAACAUCUAAUCGACCCUUUCUUUACAGAGUCGUUUGUUGACAUCCACGUUAGUUAACCCGAACGCCGAAAUCUUCUGGGGCUAUAUUAUGGAUCUCCCUACUGCCAUUGUCCCAGUCUUUCGGAAUGUUCCUUCUUGAUACUCUAUUGAGGCAGUCUAGCAACUAACACUAAUCUUGUGACUCUACAAUUCUGGACGGAAUGCUCGCUCAGGGAUCGGCCCAUGGAGACUUCCCGAUCAUAGAUUCGCAUAUCCAUCUGUAUCCUGCCUCACACCUCUCAGAACUGAAUUGGACGGGAGCCUUGCCCACGAAUCAUGUGUUGAAGCGACAAAACUCAGUGGACGAGUAUAGAAGCGCCACGCAAGGCAGGCCUAAUCUUCGUGGAUUUGUCUUCCUGGAGACAGACCGCAAGUCCGGCCUCAGUGAACAUGAGUGGCGUGGGGCACUUGAUGAGGUCGACUUCCUGGUACGAAUCGCCAGAGGUGUGCCAAGAAGCGACGAAGGCCAUACUCCAGAAGACGCAAGACUGCUCCUCGGCAUUGUACCAUGGGCGCCGGUGCCUGCCGGCGCAGAAAUACUGGCACGCUACGUCAAGCUGGUCCAGCAGCGGUGCGAGGAGAAAUGGACGGUUGUUAAAGGCUUUCGGUACCUCGUGCAAGACAAGCCAGCCGGCCUCAUGGUACAAUCGCAAUUUAUCGAAGGGCUACAGUGGCUUGGAAACGCCGGCUUCACGUUCGACCUGGGAGUUGAUGCCCGAUCCGGAGGGCUUCACCAACCACAGGAAGCUUGUGAGAUGAUGGAUCGUGUUUACAGUGACAAGAAUACUCUCAAAAUCAUCAUCAAUCACCUCUGCAAGCCAAACCUCCAGUUAACCGCAUCAGAAGCCCUGGGUGGACACCCUGAUUUUGACAACUGGAAGCGAUAUGUCGAGAAGAUGGCCAGCUUCAAUCUCACAUACAUGAAGUUGUCAGGCAUGUUCUCCGAGCUCCCACCACAAGACGAAAAUUCACCUGCAGACAUCGCAAGCCUGGUUGAGCGUACGAAGCCUUGGGCGGAUGUUGUCUUCAAAGCUUUCGGUCCUUCACGGAUCAUGUUUGGAUCUGAUUGGCCGGUCUGCACCGUAGGAGGCCCUGGCACUGAGCCCUCAUGGAGCCAUUGGCAUGCUUUAGUCGGCGCAGUACUCAAAUCGCAGGGACUGAGUCCCGAGGAGAAAGCGCGAGUAUGGUCGGGGACGGCAGUGGAAGCAUACGAUAUCAAAACACCAUGCAUCAUUGAUCAAAAACAGCAAUAGUCGAAAUCU